AGUCUUCACCGCUUGAUGGCAGCAGUAGCAGCCGUCUCAGUUGGCUGUCAAAGUGCUUUUGUUGCUGUGGGGAUUUUCCUUAGUUUUUCAACGGGUAACUUGGUGAAAAUUGUGCAAAAACCAUGACGGAAGACAAUUCUUGGCGUACCCCAUCAUUUCGACAAAAUGUGGUGGCGAAAAUCAAUGAAGCCAUCCAGACGUCCGGGAUGAAUACAUCCAAAAGCAGCAUUGAAAUGGAGAAUCACGUAUUUGUGAAAGCACGCAAUAAGGAUGAAUACCUGAGUUUUGUGGCUCGUCUGAUUCUGCAUGUCCGGGAGAUGAACACAAAGAAUAAGAUGCAGGGCAGCGGAGGAGGAGGAGAUGUGUCCAAUGCUGGAGGUAUGCCAGAUCCUAUCAAUGCUCUGCAAAACCUGGCCAGUCAAGGUUCCAGGCCGCAGCAGCAGAUGAUGGGUAUGGGAGGACCUCAAGGUGGACCCAUGGGAGGUCCAGGAGGGCCUCAAGGCAACAACAUCCCUGCCUCCAAUCUUCUGCAGACCCUCACACAACAACGCCCAAUGCAGCAGCCUCCCAUGCAAGGCAUGCAAUCGAUGCCAAACCAACGUCCAGGUGGCACUGGACCUGGUCCCAUGCCCAAUCAAAUGGCCGGAGGUGGGCAGAUGGGUAUGGGAAUGGGUGGAAUGAAUCAGGGCGGCGGUGGAGGAGCUCCUGGACCUGGGCAGAUGUCCAUGGGUCCAGGAAUGAAUACAGGUGGGGGCCCAGGAGGUGGUCCUGGUGGUCCUGGAGGCCCCGGAGGCCCGAUGCAAAUGAAUCCGGGUGGGAUUCAAGGGCAACCAGGUCCAGGACAAAUGGGUCAGAUGGGUGGAAUGGGUCAGAUGAGUAUGAAUCCGGUAAUGAGUCAGGGUCAAAUGGGUAAUUCCAUGACGCCAGUGAGUAUGGGCCAGCCGAUGAAUCCUGGCGGGAUGGGAGGAAUGGGUGGUCCGAUGGGACCAGGAAUGAUGGGUCCGAUGACCACAGCGGGCAAUGUGGUGAUUCAGCAGCAGCCACAGCAGCAGGGAGGCAUGAAUCCGGCUAUUACGACUCAGGGCGGAGGUAUGGGUCCCAAUGCGGGUCAGAUGAAUCCAGGGCAGUUAGUGGGAAUGCAGCAGAUGGCUCGUAAGGGUCCAGAGAUGAUGAUGACGCAGCAAGGGGGAGUUUUCCCGGGGGUCCGAAGUGUGACGCCAAAUCAAUUUCUCAGACAGAGUCCAUCCCCUUCGGUUCCAUCUCCGGCUAGCAUGGGUCAACCCCAUCAGCAGGGUAUGGUUCCAUCGCCGGCUAUGGUACCCUCACCGAGUCCUCAGAGUAUGGCUCAGGGACCGCCACGGAGCAUGGGCGGAGUUAUUACGCAAUCUCCCAGCUCUACGCUCAACACUCCGGGACAGGCUUCCGUGUACAGUCCGUUGAAUCCGCAAGAGGAUUUGCUCUAUCGCGAGAAGUACCGGCAGCUGACAAAGUACAUCGAGCCGCUGAAACGUAUGAUUGCCCGAAUGGUGAAUGACAAGAACAAUGGGAAUUUGCAGAAGAUGAAUAAGCUUCUGGAAAUCCUCUGCAAUCCCAACCAGAGAAUCCCUCUGGAAACGCUGCUAAAGUGCGAGAAAGCCCUCGAAAAGAUGGACUUCAAGACGAAUGUCCUAGGGCCAGUUAGUGCACAAGGAGCCAAUGCUAAAGAGCAUCCAAUCAACAAUCCUCUUCUGGAGGCAGUCAGCGUCAAUCUCCAAAAUCCCAUUGGGAAUCAUACACUUCAGCGCACUUUUCGGCCAUGCUUAGAAGCCCUUUUUGGGCCGGACAUUAAGAAUCUUCCGCCGCCGGCAAAGCAAGCCAGACUUUCGACACCCGAGGAAGCUCCUGCUUCAACAGGUCCCGAGAUUCCCCACAUCCUUCAGGGAGAAAUUGCCAGACUCGAUCAAAAGUUCAAGAUAAAUCUUGAUUCUUCGGCUCAGAUUGGUACAAAGACCAUCAAAUUGGUUUGCUGCCUGGAUGACAAGUAUCUACCCUGCGUCCCUCCUGUCAGUGUCAGUAUUCCAGACGAUUACCCAUCAACCGCCCCAACUUGCAAUCUCAUGGAGCAGGAAUACAAUGCAACGCCCUUCCUUGUGGCUGUUCAGAAGGCUCUUACGGCUAGGAUCUCAAAGCUACCAAGGCAAUUUUCCCUUUCUCAUCUUUUGGACACUUGGGAGAUGUCCGUCAGACAAGCUUGUGCUCCUGUUGUUGUUAAUCCAAGUCAAACAACUGUUCUUCUUGGGAUCUAAAGUGAUACUCAUCGAGGAAGUAACCAGGAAAACAUGGCAAAGAAGAAAUUAUGAAAAAUAUAUUGAAAAAAUAUGAUAUAGAAUUUAGGACCAAUAAAGAAUACUUGAAUACCCAGAAAAAAAGAAAA